CCGGAAUCGAUAUUGCAAACAAAGCUAUAUCUGGCGUAAGCAUCCUUGAAGGUGAAAUAAAUAUAGUGAAUCGUCAGUAUACACAAUGCAGAGAACCUACACUAGCCUUAGCCAGGAUAUUGAGAGAAAACACCAAAGCGUUAAGGAAAGUGCGAAUGAUUCACAGCGCAAGCGAGACUGGCUGAGGCAUCUAAGCAGUGUAGUGGAAAGUGUGUAUCCCGGAAGAAUGAAACUAGUGUUAGUAGGAUCUUCAGUAACGGGCUUUGCGGCAAAAGGGAGCGACUGCGACAUGUGUCUUCUCAAGAAAAGCUUUUCUGGAUACGAGAGUAAGAUAGAAGUGCUGAGAAAUAUCGAGAGGAAAGCGAAAGCUGAAAGUUACAGACUACAAACAGAGCUGGUCAGCGGUGCCGUGGUUCCUAUUGUGAUCCUCCAAGACAGGUCACGUGACCUGGAGGGAGACAUCAGCUAUGAGAACACUAACACAGUCUUUAACACAUUCCUGAUGCGUUGCUAUGGAGAGCUGGACUCACGCGUCAAACCGCUGGUUAUUGUCAUCAAAGCGUGGGCUCAGAGCGCUCGUAUAACCAAUGCCCGAGACCACAAACUUUCAGGUUUCGCGUUAGUGCUGCUUGUCAUUCACUACCUACAAGUCGGCUGCUCGCCCCCAGUACUCCCCUCCUUGCAGCAAGACCCACAAUUCCACGGGUUCUUCAGCGAAUCAAGCGCCCUAAAGGUGGCAGAACAUCUGGAAAAUGAGUAUACCCCACCUCCAGUAAGCCUGUAUUCAUCUAGAAGUUCUGCCUCCAUUGGAGAGUUACUAGUAGGCUUUUUCCGCUACUACUCGAGCUUUAAUUGGGCACGAGUGCUUUCAGUCCGCACCGCAGGAUUCCUCCCUCUGCCUUACAACAAGAAAUGGAGGAACCCUGAGAUCCGGAUUGAGGACCCGACGGAUCGUACCAAUGUUGCGCGCUCUGUUUAUAGACUUUACGCAUUUCAGGAGAUUAAAGGUGCGAUCGGAAGGGCUUACAAUCGACUUGACCGCAUAGGCGCGGAGUUAAAUGACAUCAUGUAGAUUAUAGAAAUCAAGGCAAUUUCUUGAAUCACUGGGUUCUAUUUUUUUUUUUGCGACGUUUCGGCAAUGCUGCUUUCAUCAGGAUUAACGGUAAAUUAUGACGAGUUUGCCCGUAUAAGGUAUUUUUAAAAGUUGACACCCUUGACAAGUUAUUUUUUUCAUUUGCCACUAUAUCUUCUCUUGCAACACACAUAUUCCCCACGGACAGCGUCCUUCAUAUGCAUUGCCUUAUAUGGACAUUGAUGCCCAUAUUUAGAAAGCUGAAGUUUUCACGCUCCCGGAUCUCCAGGAACAAGGUGAAAAUCCUGAUUUCUGUCAAUUUGAGACUCGCGGCAAAAAUUUGUCUAGAAAAACUUGAUCGCUUGGUCAAAUCUUUAUCUCACUAAUCUUGAAAAGUCCUUAGACCCAGGCCUCCAAGAGAUUGGCCGAGGUUUGAAGGUCACCCAAAUUUUGAUAUGAGUCUCCUGCUAACAAGGGUAUCGAUUUCGCUAACCGAUUUUAUUCACUUAUGAUUCAAUGCGCUCUUAUAUGCACUGCGAGAUGUUUUAUUAAGUUUGUAAGUAUCACGUAUAGAAAAAAUGUAAAUAUAAGCACAAAACUCGUCGUUUCCUAUAAUUAUAUCUUUAUACACAGUCUUUAAAUUAAAAAAAAUGGAAGAAA